UGAAGGUAGAAGCAGCUGAGCUCUGAAAGUUGCAGGAUCGCAGAUGAGUUUACUUGGUAAAAUUGCUUGGGGAAAUUGGGUUCUUAGUGACACCAUAUGUAUUCUUGUUCUUCAUCUUAACAUCGGUGGAGUAUCCAAGAUUGUAACUUUGUGUUUGUCCAUAUGCCAUAUGUCUUCAACUUCAAGAAAUUGUGAUUGAUAUCAUACUUGAACUCUAAAGAGUGGGCGAGCGCGCAAGGCCUCUUCCGAUCCUGGUUGAAAGACGAUCUUUUUUCUUGUUGUAGAGGUUGACUGCUGUCAUCCCCGAGUCCAAGAAGCAAGAACACAACAUCAUCAGAUGAAGUUGGGUUGGAGGAUCAACCAGGAAGUGACUGCGAAAGAAGGAGCUAAAGAUUUUUGUCUUGAUGCGGAUGGAAGGACUUCCCGAGUCUUCAGCCCAUAGAUUCUUCUUCGUCUUUUCUACUCCAUUCGAUGUUUUACUUCCACAAGAUAUCCAACCUCCAAUCCCCUCGACAGGAUGUGCUCAGAAGAGCGAUGGGGGGGGGGGGGAUAAGAUGGGGAUGGGACGGGAAAAGCAGUCCCCGUCCCCACAAGCCGAAUGUGACGCCCAGCGCCUGCGAUUGGGCUGUAACCCGUGUCCGCUGCCUCGACCGAGACGGAUGAGAUCCACCGUUCCGUCCCUCAAUGUUUCCACCGCCGAGCUGAUACCCGAUGCUGUCCUCCUAGUUCUUCCCCCGUUCGUCCGUCAUCUCUCUCCCUUGAGGAGCUGGUUCUCGUUCCAAUCCGGUCUCGCGGCUCAUCUACCAUCAAUUCCACUAACCUAAUGGUGUCUUGGCCAUUGUCUUAAUUUAGAGAGUUUGAUACCAUCAUGAGCUCACAGAUUUCUCUUUGUAUUCAAUCUCUUGCCCAUGUGGAUCAAUGAAGAAUCCAUUGAGGAGCUUCUAUGGCUAGCAGACGGAUCCAAAAAGAGCUUCAGGAUCUGCAAAGGGAUCCUCCGGCAUCAUGCAGUGCCGGACCUGUGGGAGAAGACCUGUUUCACUGGCAAGCCACAAUAAUGGGUCCUUCGGACAGUCCCUAUGCUGGGGGAGUUUUCUUUGUUACCAUUCAUUUCCCUCCCGACUAUCCAUUUAAGCCUCCCAUGGUCAACUUUCAGACCAAGGUUUACCAUCCGAACAUCAAUUCAAAUGGCAGCAUCUGCCUCGACAUCCUGAAGGAUCAGUGGAGUCCAGCUCUGACCAUAUCGAAGGUGCUCCUCUCCAUCUCCUCUCUGCUCACAGACCCAAACCCGGACGACCCUCUCGUCCCAGAGAUCGCGCACCUGUACAAGAACCGGAGGCCUCGCUACGAAGAGAUGGCAAGAUCAUGGACUCAAAAGCAUGCCAUGGGCUGAUCAGUGGCGAGCUCGGUGCCAAAGAGAAAGGGAGAAGUCUCUGCUAAUUAUCACUGGAGUAAUCCAAGUUUAUGUAUUGUUGUUGUAGAUGCUUAAAGACCACAAAUGAGAUUUCUCUGUAUAGAAUCUAAUCUCUUGGAGAAGGAUCAGUUCAAUAUGAUGUGUGGUUGAAGUUCUGAUAAUAUUUGACAUACUCUCACAAUUUUUUAUUAGAAAUGUCAUAUCAUUAAUUAUUUUGUUUUA